AUGAAAACAGAAAAACAGGUGGUAGAAAAUAGAGCUAAAAUUAAACCCAUUAUAGAAGCUGUAUUAGUAUGUGGUAGGGAGGAAAUGUCACUUAGAGGACAUCAAGAUUACGGGGAACUGAAAAUAGAUGAUAGUUCCGUAAAAGAAGGAAAGUUUCGUGCAAUUUUAAAAUAUAGAGCUAAAGGGGACGCUGAAUUAAGAGAAACACUUGAACAAUCAAGCUUUAUGUAUUUGCUGAUGGGAGAAAAAACAGUAACUGAUUGCGAUGUUUAUGAUGAACUUUUAGAUUUGUAUAUGCCUGAUGUGCCUAAAGUUAUUUUAAAAACAGAAAUUAAAUUAUGGCACAAUUAUCUGAAUAACCAUCCCGAUAUAAAAAGUAAGCGUCAAGCUUUGGCGCAUUUGGAAUUAUGCAACCAACAAGCUUACCCUAACGUGUACAAACUGUUGUUAAUAUUCUGUGCAAUACCAGUUUCUACAGCCACACCAGAGAGAACAUUCUCAACGUUAAAAAUAAUUAGAACCUAUCUUUGA